AUGGCCGCAAAGCUCAAAUUCUGUUGUACCAACAACUUGGCUGAAUACGAAGCUUGCAUUCUAGGCCUCAGGAUGGCACUGGCCAUGGAUAUAAAUGAAUUAUUGGUCAUCGGAGAUUUUGACUUACUGAUCCACCAAGUACAAGGCGAAAGGGCCACUAAAAAUGACAAAAUCCUGCCAUAUGUAAAUUUGGCACAAGGGUUGUGCAAGAAACUCAAAAAAGUUGAGUUCCGAAACACCCCAAGAGUUCAGAAUGAGUUUGCUGAUGCAUUGACCACAUUAACAUUAAUUAUCCAGCACCCCGAAAAUAGUCACAUUGACCCGUUUGAGAUAAGUCUGAAAGAAGAACAUGCCUACUGUUCCCACGUGGAAGUAGAGCCAGAUGGCAAGCCAUGGUACAAUGACAUCAAGAUGUAUUUGGAGAAACAGGAAUAUCCCGAGGGUGUCACAAGUGGGAAAAAGAAAACCCUCAGGAUGAUAGCUAAUGGUUUCUUUCUAAACAAAGAAGUGUUGUACAAACGGACGCUGGAUUUGAGUUUACUUCGAUGCGUGGACGCCAUUAAAGCCACAUAA